GGAGUUCCCAAACAAAAUGGGAAAGGAAAUGAGCGCAGCCCUUCCUUCCCAUCUGCUGCCACAUUUCAUUUCAUUUUUCACCUCACCAUCGCCGCCGCCGCCGCCGCAGUGAGCUAGGGUUCCGACCGACCGGGGGGGCGAAGGGCGAAGGCAAUGGACGAGUCGACCGCCUACCGCAACCUGCGGGGCCCGUCGCCCUUUGUGUUGGCCAUGAAAACCCGCCUCGCCCCGCCGCCGCAGCUCUCCGAUCCGCCUCCGCCUCCCCUCCCCGCCGUUCCUCCCUCGCUCCUACCGCCCCUCCUACCACCACCCGAGAAGCGACGCCGGGGUCGUCCCCGCAACUGCGACCGCCUCACUGCGCCGCCGGGCUUCUUCGCCCCGCUGCCGCCGCCACCGCCACCGCAACCUCAACCCCCCACGCUGCCUGCGCCUCACGGGCAGGGGCAAUUCGGUGGCCUCCAGCCCCACCUUCUCCAAAUUGAUGCAGGAGAGGAAAUCAUACCGAAGAUUACGGCACUGUCAAAGUCAAAUGGGAGGGUGAUCUGUGUUCUUUCAGUGCUUGGAGCUGUUCAGGAAGCAACUCUGCUCCUAUCAUCCGGUGUUACUUCAUAUCACAAGGGUCCUUUGGAAAUAAUUCGUUUGUUCGGAUCCAUUUUGACACCAAAUGACCAAGGAUGCUUGCGUGUAACCCUUGCUUCUGGCGAUAGUUCUGUGAUUGGUGGUGUUAUCACUGGACCUCUCAAAGCUGCAACACCUGUCCAGGUAGUUGUUGCAAGCUUUUACAGCGAUGUAUACUGGCCAAACAGGACACCUAAGAUCAUUGCACCUUACCCUAAUUCCCAGUCUACCAUCAGGAAUGGCAGCACUCUGUCUAGUGAGCAUGUCAAUCCAGGAUAUGUAUCUUACACUGCAGUGGAUCAACAUGAAUCAAGUGAGGUUGAUGUUAAGCCCUCACUCGGGAUGCUUAACUUAGCAUCAUUGGAUCGACAUGAAUCAAGUGAGGUUGAUGUCAAGCCCUCACUCGGGAUGCUUAACUUAGCAUCCUUGUAGGUAAUUUAACUCAAUGGAAGAGAUGUUUGACAUAUUUUUAGAGAAAAUGCAUCAGAUAGCUCAGAUUUCGUGAACCAUCAAGUAGUCGUGACUUUGUGGCUUAGUUGAAAAGCAGUUCUUUAUAGAUGGAACAUUGUACUCUUGGAUUUUCAUUGUUGAAAUUCAUGUGGGCGGCGGGCAUAUAGCUUCAGUGCUAAUGGUGCUCUGAUGAACUGGUAAUUUUGAGUGAAGCCAAAGGGUGUGUGCUCUUGAGCUGAAUCUUGACCUUACAUGAUGUGGCUGGCAGGUUUGGUGGGAACUUGAAAAUAUCACAAUAAGAUUGGCAAGGUACAGCUGGUUACAGUAAACUGAUCUCAGAAGGAAUUUGCUCGGCUUUCUAUAUGUGGUUUACAUUUUGCAAAUGUCUCAUGUGUAAAUAUGUAUUGCUAACCUCAUGAUGCUAUCCAUGCUUCAAAAGGUGGCAUCGUGCCUUUGAAGUUACAUGGUGUAAGAUGGGAGUUACAACUAACAAGAGAUAUUCGUUGUUAUUUUCGAGCCUGUUCAAUUUUGUACUACCAAUCAGCAGGGAGAGAUGCAAUUUUUGUACUCCACGCAGAAAUAUAAUGGGUUGCAAAUGCAGCCAGGUGUUUGCUCGCAA